UGUUGAAUCGUAUAAUUUAUUUAAUUAAUGAGUCUUUAAAGCAAUUUUAUUUGCAAACAAUUUUAGUAUCAUUUAUUAAUUAGAAAAAAGUUUUAAAGUAUUUUCGAAAAUGUCUUUUAGUAGGGAUUCACCUGAUAUUGAGAAUUUGUUGGCAUUGAAUCCAAAAGUUAAUAAAUUUGCGAAAGUAGUCCCCAGUAUUGAUACUAAAUUUAAUAAAAAGCAUUGGAAAAGAAAUAAUGACAAGAAUUGUAACACAUGUAGUCUAACAAAUAAUUUUGAUGACAUAAAACACACGACUUUAAGCGAAAGAGGAGCUCUCCGGGAGGCGUCCCGAUGUCUCAAGUGUGCAGACGCCCCCUGUCAAAAGGGGUGCCCCACACAAAUCGAUAUUAAGGCAUUUAUUUCAAUGAUUGCUAAUAAGAAUUAUUACGGGGCGGCAAAAGAGAUACUUUCAGAUAAUCCUUUGGGAUUGACUUGUGGUAUGGUUUGCCCUACAAGUGAUCUUUGUGUCGGUGGAUGUAAUUUAUAUGCAACAGAAGAGGGACCCAUUAAUAUUGGAGGUCUUCAACAAUUUGCAACUGAGACAUUUAAAGCAAUGAAAUUGCCUCAAAUACGAUCACCACAUUUGCCGCCAAUAGAAGCACUUCCAAAGUCAUACACCACUAAAAUAGGUCUAAUAGGUUGUGGUCCAUCCAGUAUCAGUUGCGCCACAUUUUUGGCUCGACUCGGUUAUCAUGACAUUACUAUAUUUGAGAAAAAGUCAUUUAUUGGAGGAUUAAGUUCAUCUGAAAUUCCUCAAUACAGACUUCCUUAUAGUGUGGUUGCCUUUGAAGUAGAAUUAAUGAAGGAUUUGGGGGUUAAGAUAGWGAUGAAUAAAGCUCUUGGAAAUGACUAUACACUCGAAUCUCUUAAAAAUGAUCACAAAUUUGAAUGUGUUUUUGUUGGCAUUGGUUUACCAGAACCUAAACGAUUGGAAAUAUUUAAGGAGUUGACUAUUGAACAGGGAUUCUAUACUUCCAAAGACUUUCUACCACUUGUGACUACCGCUAGUAAAUCCGGGAUGUGUUCCUGUAUUGGACCAAAAUUGCCAUCACUUUAUGGUAAUGUCAUUGUGUUGGGAGCUGGAGAUACAGCCUUUGAUUGCGCCACUUCUGCAUUAAGAUGUGGUGCCAAACGUGUAUUUAUUGUAUUUAGACGUGGAUUCACUAAUAUUAGAGCCGUUCCUGAAGAAAUGGAAUUAGCUCGUGAAGAAAGAUGUGAAUUUUUGCCGUUUUUGUCGCCAACUAAAGUGAUAGUCAAAGGAAACAAAAUUGUUUCGAUGGAAUUCUUCAGAACAGAAGUCGAUGACAAUGGAAAUUGUGUCGAAGACAUUGAACAAGUGGUCAAAUUGAAGACUAGUUUUAUUAUAUCGGCAUUUGGUUCGGGACUGUUUGACACAUUAAUUAUCAAUGCAUUAUCUCCUUUGAAACUAACAAAAUAUGGUCAACCAAUUGUUGACACAAAAUCGAUGACUUCUAGUGAGGAGUGGGUGUUUGUUGGCGGAGACAUUGCUGGAGUUUCCGAGACUACUGUAGAAGCGGUAAACGAUGGAAAGACAGCCGCUUAUAAUAUGCAUAAAUAUAUUCAAAGCAAACAUAAUAAUCAAAUUAUAGGAAAUAUAGAAAUGCCUCGAUUUUAUACACCCAUUGAUUUAGUAGACAUAAGUGUUGAGAUGUGUGGACUUAAAUUCAAAAACCCAUUUGGUUUGGCCAGUGCUCCGCCAACUACUAGCGGACCUAUGAUUAGGCGUGCAUUUGAGUCCGGUUGGGCUUUUGCUUUAACCAAAACAUUUAGUUUAGACAAAAAUCUGGUCACUAAUGUUUCCCCUCGUAUUGUGAGAGGAACCACAUCGGGUCAUAUGUAUGGACCCGGUUUGGGAUCAUUUCUUAACAUUGAAUUAAUAAGUGAAAAAACAGCCGACUAUUGGUAUCAGACUAUUACCGAAAUUAAACGAGAUUUUCCCGACCAUAUAAUUAUCGCUAGUAUAAUGGCUACGUUUGUUAAAGAAGACUGGAUUGAGUUGGCCUCUAAUGCAGAAAAAGCCGGCGCCGAUGCCAUUGAAUUGAACUUAAGCUGUCCUCAUGGUAUGGGUGAACGUGGAAUGGGAAUGGCAUGUGGACAGGAUCCAGAAUUAGUCAAAAAUAUAUGUCUUUGGGUCAGACAAGCGGUCAAAAUACCUUUUUUUGCUAAAAUGACUCCAAAUGUUACUAAUAUUGUGGACAUCGCUAAUGCAGCGAAAGAUGGAAAAGCCGACGGUGUGACCGCAAUCAAUACGGUUUCUGGUUUAAUGGACCUCAAAGGCGACGGCACUCCCUGGCCAGCCAUUGGCAAAGAAAAACGUACGACUUAUGGAGGCAUUUCUGGUAAUGCCAUCAAACCUCAAGCUUUGAGAGCUGUAUCUGCGAUUGCGAGAGCUUUACCAGGAUUUCCAAUAUUAGCGACGGGAGGUAUAGAUUCAGCUGAUGUCGGCCUUGAGUUUUUAUAUGCAGGAGCUUCAGUACUACAGAUUUGUAGUUCAAUUCAAAACCAAGAUUUUACUGUUAUUGAAGACUAUAUGACUGGAUUAAAGGCAGCUCUUUAUUUGAGAAGUAUUGAUGAAACGUCUGAAUGGAUGGGACAGUCGCCUCUCACUCCAAAACAUCAAAAAGGAAAACCUAUUCAAAUAUUUGAGCAAAAAUUACCGGCAUUUGGUCCCUAUAAGAAACAAAGGGAACAAUUAGUUGGAGAUAUCAAACAAAAUAUCGAUUUAUUGACCGAUGAUUUAAUUCCUCCAAAAGACAGAAUUAUAAAUAAGCCGACAAAAGAAGUUUCAAAAAUUAACGAUUUAAUUGGAUUAUCACUUACAAGAAUCGGCACAUUUAAUGAAUUAGAUAUAACACAACAAAAAGUGGCACUUAUUGAUCAGGAUAUGUGCAUUAAUUGUGGCAAAUGUUAUAUGACAUGUAAUGACUCGGGAUAUCAAGCGAUUACAUUUGAUAGCAAAACUCAUUUACCAUUUGUAACGGAUGAGUGCACCGGUUGUACGCUAUGUCUUAGUGUGUGUCCUAUCAUUGAUUGCGUAACAAUGGUCGAGAAGACUAUACCUCAUUAUCCGAAACGAGGGACACAACUCAAAAGUCAGACCAAUAAUCAACGCAAAACUAGUAUCUCUUUACCGGCUCAAUGAAGUCAUUCAACAAUUUAUUAUUUAAAAUUUAGCUUUAUUUUUGUAUCUAUACAUCA